ACAGCAGCUCCUCGCCGACGCCGCUCCUAAAACCACCUAAACCCUAACCGCCCGAUUCCUCUCCGGACUCCAAUCUCCAGCUCGAUCGCAACCGGAGCGCAGGCAUCCAUGGCCGCCCCCGCUGCCGCGCCGCUCGACGAGGCCAAUGCGAAGAGCGUCCUCCGCCAGGUGGAGUUCUACUUCAGCGACAGCAACCUCCCCCGCGACAAGUUCCUGCGGGAGAAGGUCGAGCAGAGCGACGAUGGCCUGGUGAGCUUGGCCUUGAUAUGUUCCUUCUCGCGGAUGAAGUCCCACCUGGGGCUCGACGCCGCUGUCAAGCCUGAGACUGUGCCGGAGGAGACUGUGCUCGCGGUGGCUGAGGUGCUUCGGCGUUCUCCGGUGCUCCGUGUAUCAGAGGAUGGAAAGAAGAUUGGUAGAGCAAGUGAACUGCUGAAGCCAGAUGAGAUUAUAGAGCAAGUGGAUUCUAGGACAGUGGCUGCGUCGCCAUUGCCUUACAAUGUAAAGCUAGAAGACGUCCAAUCAUUCUUCGCACAAUAUGCAAAGGUGAACAGUGUGAGACUACCACGCCAUAUUGCAAACAAAAAACACUUCUGUGGCACUGCUCUAGUCGAGUUUUCUGAAGAAGAGGAAGCAAAAAAGGUUUUGGAGAAUAGUUUGGUUUUUGCUGGGGCAAACCUGGAAAUAAGACCAAAGAAGGAAUUUGAUGCUGAACAGGAAUAUAAAAAAGAAGAACACAAAAAGGCGCACCCUGUCAAGGAUAGUCAGGAUGAAGGCUAUCCAAAAGGUCUAAUUGUGGCCUUCAAAUUGGAGAAGACUAUGGCUGAUUCUGUGGUUCAACAAAAUAGCGUGGACAAAGUGGAUGACUCAGCCACCAAAUUGGAAACUUCCAGUUCAACGGUGAAUCCAUCAGGCGAGGCAUCUGAGGAGAAGAUUGCUGAGAGCAGUGAUUCAAAUGAAGAGAAGUCAUCGGAGAUCAUGACCAAAGAGAAAGAGGUAAACAUUAGUGAAGCUACGGAAUCUGAGAAGUGCAUUGGUGAUGCCUUGGUAGAAAGCGAAAAGCAUGGAGAUAGUGAGUCUGGCAAUUUGAAGAAUCCAAUCUCGAGGGAGGAUCUAAAAGCAGCACUCAACAAAUUUGGAACUGUUCGGUAUGUGGACUUCAGCAUCGGGGAUGAUUCAGGAUACCUUCGUUUUGAAGAUUCUAAGGCGGCUGAAAAGGCUCGCAUGGCUGCUGUACUAGCCGAUGAAGGUGGUUUGAUAAUAAAAGACCACAUUAUUACUUUGGAGCCUGUGACUGGUGAAGCUGAGAAGGAUUAUUGGAGCACAAUUCGUGGCAUUCAAGAGAAAUACAAGGACAAUAGAAGCUACAAAGGAAGGGCCGCAAAGAACUACAGAGGAGGAAAGCAGUUCAGCGGGAAGCGUGGUAGAAACCCCGAUUCUGAGAAGAAUCCUAACAAGGCCCAGAAGGUCGAAGCUGCCACGUGAGAUUAAUUUAGCUAGCUUGCCUUGAUGGAGAAGUAACAUGCUCCAUGCUGCUUACCUGCAUUAGUCUCCUAGCAUUGGAGACUUGCUCUUAUCAUUUUGGUUGUUUUGGUGGCUUGUUUCGAUGUUUACUUGCUUAAACUAUGAUCAUUUGGUUAAGUUCAUCGUGAAAUGAGAGGUCAACUAAUAUCGUGUAUGUAUAUAAUCAAAACUAGGGCCUCAUGAGUUCUAAAAUUGCACUUAGAAAAAAUACUCGAGGCUGAAACCUCAGUACCAGCCAGACUGGUGCAGGCGUUCUUUUUCUGUUUUCUCUUCCAGUACUCGUUGCUGGGUGUUGCAGAGCUACCUUGCAAACAAAGAAAAAACAGAAACUUCUCUGGA